CCCUAUGGGCCACAGAGGCGCUAGGAAAAUCACGGAGCUGGGACCUUACCUCCUUUCUCUCUCUCGCUCGCUCUCUCUCUCUCUCUCUCCGUCGGACUCCUGUCUCUCUGCACACGUCUUUCUCUCCUGAAAAGUGUGUGUGCGCCAAAGGAGAGCGCAGGAAUAAAGCGAAUGUUUGUGUGCGUGUGUGUGAGGGUGCAUGUCCGGAGCGAGUGAAGGCAAGAGGGGGGGGAUUAUUCGGCGCUAUCGAAAUAUUUCAACACGUCGCGCUCUCGCUGCAGGACUGAAGCCAAUAAGAAGGAGCCCAUUUUAACAGGAAUGCCGAUAUUGUAAACAGCAGCGGAGGAAGAAAGGAGAAAGAAUGCGCCGCGGUCAAUUAAGAGACUCACCCCUGUUGGUUUGAUUCGAACUUAAUGUCCGAAAAGGAGCAGAGAGGUGUCCCGAUGCGCGUCAGCCUGCGGAGAAAAUCGGCGUCGCAGCGCUCCUGAAGAUUAAUGGAGAUCACUUUUGCUGUUUUGCUUUGCGGACUUUUGAUUAAAACUUAACAAAAGGACAGCAGAGAUUUUGCCCGAAACUCGUCACAAAUUGUGGAUGUUUGUCGGCGUCUUGCUGAAGGAGGAGUUCUAAUUUCUUACGUCUUUAAUUUUUUAAUAUAUAUAUAUAUAUAUAUAUAUAUCUACAUAUAUAUUUUUGGUUCAACUUGCUGCUCCUAUCACUCAAAGUACGAUAUUUCAAGAAAUAUCGCCCUUCUCUGUACCAACCCUAUUUGCUGCCUGCACUUGGAUGAACUUCCUGAUGAGAGAUCCAGUCAUACAGGGAUCAAGUAUGGCAUAUCAUCCGUUUAUACCUCACCGGGGUCCGGAAUUUGCCAUGAGCGCGAUGCUGGGUCACCAGCCGCCUUUCUUCCCGGCCCUGGCGCUCCCUCCCAGCGGUUCCCUGUCUCUACCGGGCGCCCUGGGGAAGCCGAUUAUGGACCAGCUGAUGGGAGCCGCUGACACCGGCCUGCACUUCUCCUCGCUGGGGCACCAAGCCGCGGCCGCGCACCUAAGGCCUCUGAAGACUCUGGAGCCCGAGGAGGAGGUGGAGGACGACCCCAAAGUUCACCUGGAAGCCAAGGAGCUCUGGGAACUCUUCCACAAAAAAGGCACGGAGAUGGUGAUCACUAAAUCCGGAAGACGGAUGUUUCCACCGUUCAAAGUGAGGUGCACUGGUCUGGACAAGAAGGCCAAGUAUAUCCUCUUGAUGGACAUCGUCGCAGCUGACGACUGCAGGUACAAGUUCCACAACUCCCGCUGGAUGGUGGCGGGGAAGGCCGACCCCGAGAUGCCAAAGAGGAUGUACAUCCACCCGGACAGCCCCGCCACGGGUGAACAGUGGAUGUCGAAAGUGGUGAACUUCCACAAGCUCAAGCUGACAAACAACAUCUCCGACAAGCAUGGAUUUGUAAGUUCAACUAAUACCAUACUUAAUUCCAUGCACAAAUAUCAGCCUCGUUUUCAUAUCGUGAGGGCCAACGACAUCCUCAAGCUCCCGUAUAGCACUUUCAGGACCUACGUGUUCCCCGAAACGGACUUCAUAGCCGUGACUGCUUACCAAAAUGACAAGAUAACCCAGCUGAAAAUCGACCAUAACCCAUUUGCCAAAGGAUUCCGUGACACCGGCAAUGGGAGACGGGAGAAAAGGAAACAGCUGGCUCUGCAGUCUAUGCGAUCCUACGAGGAGCAGCAGAAAAAGGAAAACGGCGCUUCGGAUGACUCCUCCGGCGAGCAGGCUUCCUUUAAGUGUUUCGGCCAGGCCUCAUCCCCUGCCGUGUCCACAGUGGGCCCCCCACACCUGAAAGAUUUCUGUGACAGCGAGGAGGACAGUGACGAUGAGAGCAAGGAUGGCAACCAUAAAGACGGUCCGGACUCCAGUAAGAUCUCCACCACCACGGGGGACGGAAAGGAUCACGAGGCCAGCCCGGCUAAGGGACAUCCCUUCAGUAGCAGCGACUCCACAGGCAGGAGAACUGAGAAAAGUCAGGCGGACUCUCGGCAGAGUCCCAUCACCGUCAUCUCCAGCACCACGCGUUCUGGGGAAGAACUCAAGAGUCCGAGUCUGGACCAGUCCAAAACAGACGAAUGUAGGUCGAUAAGCAAAGACAGCUUCAUGCCUUUGACUGUUCAAACUGACAGCGCGCACAUGGGCCACAACCACUUGCAUAACUUUGGAUUUCCGCCGGGCCUGACAGGACAACAGUUUUUCAAUCAUCUGGGGAGCGCACAUCCGUUCCUCUUGCACCCCGGUCAGUUCAACAUGGGGGGCGCGUUCUCGAACAUGGCCGCUGGAAUGGGACCGUUACUAGCAGCGGUGUCUUCAGGAGGGGUGAGCACCAUAGACACAACCAGUAUGGCAUCCCCUCCACAGAGCUUGACAGGGGCGCCUGGCCUGCCCUUUCACCUGCAGCAGCAUGUCCUGGCAUCACAGGGCCUCGCCAUGUCACCGUUCGGCAGUUUGUUCCCGUAUCCCUACACCUACAUGGCAGCAGCGGCCGCCGCCUCGUCCGCUGCCUCGUCCUCGGUGCACCGGCACCCGUUCCUGAACGCGGUGCGCCCCCGCCUCAGGUACAGCCCUUACUCCCUCCCCAUGACGGUGCCGGACAGCACGCUGCUCACCACCGCCGUGCCCCCCAUGCCUGCCGGCGCAGGAGGCGGUGGUGGGCCCGAGCUGAAAGCGGACGGGCUGGUUCCGGCCAGCCCCGCGGUCACCCUGGACUCCACCUCGGAGGUGACCAGCCACUCCUCUGGGAUACCUUCCGCGUCCCCGAAGGCCUGCGCGGAGAAGGACGCUGCCAACGAGCUGCAGAGCAUCCAGCGCCUGGUGAGCGGACUGGAGUCCAGUCAGGACAGGCCCAGGAGCGGAUCCCCUUAACCCACCCACACCCACAGCCCACCUGCUGCUCCUCUGGUUGCUGUCAGGAAAAGUGAACCGUCAUGACGGUGAUGAAGACUCAUGCAGGUUUUUAAUAGAAAAAAAAAACAAACUAAAAGCUUUUAGUUUCUGAAAUGCACUUUGUUUAUUACACAUCUAAAAUGUAUAUUUCUAUCUCCUCGGCUUUUUUUUUUUCAGUUUUCGUUAAUUUAAGCUACUCUUAUUUUUCCUAUUUUCUGUCAUUUGAAUACCGUACAAGUAUUGAAACUGAAACGCUGGCAUGGGUGUGAAUUAUACGGAUUACGGAGAAGUUGCUGCUGUGUCCUGUCUCCUGUAACUCUUUUAAAAAAAAUAUGCACUCUGAAUUGAAUUGACUUAUUCACGACCGUUUUGACCUACCUUUUUUUAAUAUAUAAAAAUACUGCUGUAUUUUCUCGUACGCUAUGAAUUCAUAGAUUGAGCGAUUGAUGCAUGCCCUCGAAAAUUAAAAUCCGACUUUUUUAAAUGAAAUAAUUUCCCUUAUUUUUUUUUCUUCUUCUUUUAAUUAGAUUAGGAAUUUAAAAUGAGUUUCUUCUAAUUAUUUCAGCUGGGAAAGGUCUACUGAAAGAAUGGUGCUCCGGGACAAAAUUAAGGCGCAAGCAUGCGGAAUUAAGGGAAGCAGAAAUUUUAAGUAAAUAUUGAGGAAGAAAAAGACGAAUGGUAGUAUUGAUCAUUGAUGUAAAUAGGGAUAUAUAAAAUAUUUAUGUAAUUAUUUGAUAUUGUUAUUGCGUGUAAAUACAACGGAGUAGUUUGUUUCUAGGGAUCUGUUCUUAAUUUAUUGUUGAUAUACCUGUGUAAAGACAGUUUGUGGACUAUUACCCUAUCUGCAUUUAUAUUUCCCUUUAAAACACGGACUUCAUAUUCCAACCCCUUAAAAAACAUCCUCACAGAGAGAUAGUUAUUCACACUAAUGUGCCAUUGUAUUUUCACCUGUCCUUGUGUGUGAAGUGCUACUGUUUAAAGCGAAUGGAAAAGCGACAACGCACUGCACCAAUGGCUUGAAAAUAAAAUACUUUUUAUCUUCUUUUUAUUUUUGGUCUUUGAGAAGUGUCGUUGAAGUGUGACAAAAGUGAAUUUAUUUCUCUCUUGUUUGUUUGUUUUUUUAAAGAAAAAUCUCUCUUUUUUAAAAAAAAAAAGUGCCGCAUAAUCGAAAAUAUGAAGGUUUUCUCUGUGUUUUUUUUUUUUGUUUGUUUUGUUUUGUUUUGUGUGUGUUCCUUAAGUUGUCUGUGGGUUACGUUGUAUUGGAGUUAUGUCUAGUUUACAUCAUCGACAUUGUGUUCUUGAAAGUUUCAAUAAAAAAAUAUUGAAAUGCUG